CUCACAUAUAUUUUUUUAAUGGUGAACUGUGAACGUUUUAUACAUUUAAAUUAUGAACGACUACACGCUUCUUUCGGCCUUUUAUUAAUUUGAACCAUGUACCAUUCUUACUUGACACGAUACAGAAACAAGUACUGUGGAAGUUUUGUCAAAAUUGAGGUUUAAAUGAUAUUAAAGGUUUGAGUUGAUUAGAACUAAAUCAAUCCAUCGGCAGUGUACACUCGAUCCAGUAUCCAUUUUCAUGGGCCUUGGUCUUCGCACUUAAUCACUCAGAUAUUCACCUUUUGAAAAUUGAGGCUACCACUCUUUACCCUUAAUGUAGUUGAUGCAAUUUUAAUAAAUCAUUGUGUUUUUAAAUUAUCUUCAGCAAUGGCGGACGCAGCAGCAGCACCAGCCGGUGAUAGCCCGAGGGGUGGAUUCCGUGGUGGCUUUGGAGACAGAGGCCGGGGUCGUGGACGUGGUAGAGGCCGUGGUCGUGGUAGAGGCAGAGGACGUGGUGCUAAGGAAGGGGACAAGGAAUGGGUACCAGUAACCAAACUUGGUCGUCUAGUGAAGGAUGGCAAAAUUAAAUCAUUAGAGGAAAUUUACCUUUUCUCUCUCCCCAUUAAGGUAUUUCAAAUCGUUCAUUUAUUCGUUUUGCUUGAGCAACCCUAGACUUAAUUCCCAGAAUUUAUGUCUGUCUUAACACAGCAGCAGUUGAAGACUCUUUAAUUUGUAUACAAUUAGUUUUUUGUUUCACAAAAGUUUGUAAAUGUUCUGUCCUAAUCUGAUUAUUACAGCUUGAAGUGAAUUGACUGACUGUCCUAGGUUGAAGUACAUUUGUAUAUAUUUCACUCAUUGUUGCUCUAAUUUAACAAAAGUGUCUAUUUUCUAUCUUAUUUUGUUUUUAGGAAUGUGAGAUCAUUGACUUUUUCCUGGCACCAGGCACUCUUAAAGACGAGGUCCUCAAAAUUAUGCCUGUCCAGAAACAGACUCGUGCUGGUCAAAGAACCAGGUUUAAGGUUUGUUUAAUCCAUAGGCAAAGACAUCAAUUAAGCGUUCACUGAAAUAAAAAAAAUUUAAUGUUUAACUUUGCCAUUGUUUUCAAGAAAUAACAUUUCUAUUAUUAAUGCUUCCAUAAUAUAUUUUCCUUAGGCAUUUGUAGCCGUCGGUGACUACAAUGGCCAUGUUGGUUUGGGUGUAAAGUGCUCUAAAGAAGUGGCCACAGCCAUCCGAGGAGCUAUCAUCCUGGCCAAACUAUCUGUUAUUCCUGUUAGAAGGGGAUAUUGGGGUAACAAAAUUGGAAAACCUCAUACAGUACCCUGUAAGGUAAGAUUCUCACAAUGUGGGCUAAUAAUUUCCGUAUAGACCUAUGUUUUUUGUUGUUUUUUAAUUUAUUAUAGGUACCAGUACAUGUACUAAUGUGGAGUCUUUUUCUUAAAAAAAUAUAGUGAGGUAUAAAAGCAAUGCAAAAUUUGCUCACUUUUUACUUUUGUGGUGGUGAAUGGUCAAUAAAUCUGCCAGAAUCCCAAUGUUCUGAUUGUAACUAAUUUGAUUUUAAAUCCUGCUUAGUAAUGAUGCAUUAUUAUGUAACCAAGUGUUGCUGAUUUUAUUUUUGGUCUAGAUUUGUUUCCAAGGUGAUCACUGGUUGUUCCCUGAUUAGUACCAGUUCCAAAUCAAUCAAUUCGUGAAUUAUUUUAUGUUUAACAGGUUACUGGAAAAUGUGGCAGUGUAUUAGUGCGUCUAAUUCCUGCUCCUAGAGGAACUGGUAUUGUCAGCGCUCCAGUUCCAAAGAAGUUGCUCACUAUGGCUGGUAUUGAGGAUUGUUACACCUCUGCCAGUGGAGCUACCUCCACUCUUGGAAACUUUGGUAAGAUUUUAAAUGAAUGUCAGUUUCUUCCUGUAUCGGUAAUUAAAUGUUGUCUGUUCACUAUUUAGGGCUCAAUUCAGUUCUUUCUUGGAAUUAUGAAAUGGAUAUAUUAGCAAUUUAGAAAUUUGAGACAAGUCUGUUUUUAGCUUUUGGUUGUUUUUUUAUUACAGCUAAGGCUACUUAUUCAGCCAUUGCAAAGACAUACUCGUAUUUGACCCCUGACCUAUGGAAGGAGACAGUGUUCACCAAGGCCCCAUACCAGGAAUUCACAGACUACCUGAUGAAGAACCACUCCCGCACGGCUGUUCAGCGCCAAGAACAGAAGGUCUAUUAACAUUAGAUCAGAGGGCACAGUACUAUCCUCACCUUCUUUGGUGUUUUUAAAGAAUCGCAAUGUUCUUGAUGUUUAAAAAAUGCUGACAAAAAAAAACCUAGUGAAGAUAAAUGUUCAAAUGAAUCAUUUUUUUAUUCAAUAAAUGGUGUCCUUGUGAAAUAACCUCUAAA